UGCGUCAUGUGUCUUGACUUGUUUAAAAAUCUUUUUUAAUUAGCCUACAACUCAAAAAAAUUCGACGACUCAGUUAUGAUAUUUCGUCAAAAAAUAUUAAAUUGUUGUAGAUAUUUUGCAACAAACUUCAAAUUGCAGAUGAUGGCUUCAGCACACACUUCUGAGACGAAUGGACAGAGAAAGAAUGGAUUCGAAAGAGACAGAGUUCCAAGACCUUUUGUUAUUGGUGUAGCUGGUGGCACUGCCUCUGGAAAAUCCUCUGUGUGUGCCAAAAUCAUGCAGCAGCUGGGUCAGGAUGAUGUGGAUCACCGACAGAGACAGGUCGUUAUAAUAAAUCAAGACACAUUUUACCGUCCUCUCACACCUGAAGAGAACAUAAGAGCAUUGAAGGGAGAGUUCAACUUUGAUCAUCCAGAUGCUUUUGACUAUGAUUUUAUGUCACAGACAUUAAAGGAUCUUGUAGCUGGUAAAGCAGUGAAAUUACCUCAAUAUAACUAUGUGACAAAUGCCAGAAAUGAGGAAUGGCAUACUGUAUACCCUGCUGAUGUUGUUCUGUUUGAGGGCAUCUUAGUGUUUUAUUUCAAAGAACUUAGAGAUAUGUAUCACAUGAAGCUUUUUGUGGACACAGAUCCAGACACAAGAUUAUCCAGAAGAGUAUUAAGAGACACAAAAGAGAGAGGGAGGGACAUAGAGAAUAUACUACAUCAGUAUACUACCUUAGUGAAGCCAGCUUUUGAAGAAUUUUGUCUCCCAACAAAAAAAUAUGCUGAUGUUAUAAUACCCAGAGGAGCUGAUAAUACAGUGGCAAUUGAUUUAAUUGUGCAGCACAUUCAAGAGUUACUGCGCCCUUCUAAAAGCAUGGUCAGUGCCAAAAGACCGCGUCACAACUCAGACUCCUUUGUUGGCAGACCACAUUAGGAUUUCAGACUGUGACCAUCCAAAAAAAUGCAGUCCAGAAAAGUUCAGUGACAAGUUAUAUUGGUCUACUCAUAACUAUUGGCAAGUUAAUGAGAGAUUUUUAACAACUUAUUAUCAUGUACAUUCACUGCCAUUUUCUAGCAUGGACUGGAAAUAAUUUUUCUCUAGACAAAUAUUUUGUUUCAUAUAUUUUAAUGUAAAGAUGUUCAACAUAAUUAGGUCUUUGCAUCAAAUGUUAGGGACUUAUGGUAAUCACCAUGUCUGUCUACCUGUAAUGAUGUAAGCUGAGUAUUUUUCAACUACAGACUUCAUUUUUGUCACAUAAGUUGAGAAGGGUUAGGGGAAGACUCCUAUAUAUUUCUGUGAUACUAUUUCACCACUAUGUUUUAUGGGUGACUUGGUUGUUUUUUUUUAAACCUUAUUACAAUUUCACUGUAUAGGUGAAAAAUGGUUCGGGGAAGAAACUUACAGAUUUAAUGUCAUUUAGUCAAAGGACAAAAAACUGGCCCCAGGAUCAUGAAACAUCUUAAGCUUUUGUUGAAAACUUAAUAUAUGUAGUGUGAUGAACAACAGUCCAAAAUAAACUGCCCUUCAACCUUACAUAAUUAAACUGCUGUUGUCUGCAGAUUUAGGAUUUCAGUUUUAUAAGUAAUAAAUAUUUUACAGAUGAUUGAAUCAUGACAAGUCUAAAGUCUAUUUCAUGAUCCUGGCUGGGGCCUUAUUUUCUAAGACUAUACAAUUUAAAAUACACUAGCUGUCAUGUGACACCAAAACUUUAAAAUAGAUCAGCUACAGAUUUUCAUACAUAGCUGGAAGAAUGUAAGAAAGAGGCCUUUAGAUUUUCAUAUGACCUGAAUGCUAUCAGUUCCCAUUAUAGUUAGCUGAAUAGAUUUAAAUGAGUGUCAAUAUAAAGCAUCUUUUGGUAAUAUAAAGAGGAACAAAAGAGUUCCAUUUUCUAAGAAUCAUGGAGUGUCUCCAAAAUUGUAAAAAUUCAUCUCACAUGGAUCCAGUCAAAUAUGGGGCAAAAUACGAUGAACAUGUAGGUCACAUGUUGAGAAGCUCUUUUUUCAAUGGCCCAGUGAUGUUUUACAUUAUAUGUCAGAAUGUAAAACUGUUACUGUGUAUUAAAUACAUGUAUAACAAAGGAGAUGAAUGAACAAGGUGUGCAAAAUGCCUAUAGCUUUAAAAAUAUAAAACUCAUACUUUGAAAUUACUAAUUAUGCCCCCCUUCAAAGAAGGGAGGGCAUAUUGCUUUGCUGCUGACUGUCAGUCGGUCUGUCAGUCCACCAACAGUUUCCAUUCAUUUUCUUCACAGAGGUUGCACAUACUCUAAUAAAUUUGAUAUACAGAUUUAUCAUAAAAAAUAUCUAGGUCAAGUUCUGAUUUGGGUACGAUCAAGCAAUUUUUGACAGAGUUAUGCCCCUUGGAUGUGAAAAAUUCCAAUUAUUUGCAGUUUCCGUUCAUUUUCUUCGCAGAGGUUGCACGUACUGAAAUGAAAUUUGGUAUACAGAUUUUUCAUAAGAAUAUCUAGGUUACGUUCUCUUUUGGGUACAAAUGAGCAAUUUUUGACAGAGUUAUGCCCCUAGGACUUUGAAAAAUUCUGAUUGUUUGCAGUUUCUAUUCAUUUUCUUCACAGAGUUGCACAUACUGAAAUGAAAUUUGGUAUCCAGAUUUAUCAUAAGAAUGUCUAGGUUAAAUUCUGUUUUGGAUACGAUCGAGCAAUUUUUGACAGAGUUAUACCCCUUGGACUUUGAAAAAUUCCAAUUGUUUUUGGGGGGGGGAUAAGUGUUUCACAAACAUCUCGUUUUCAUGGGGGUUUAAUUUUCAUUGUUUUUGAGGCAUGAUGAGACCCACUUAUUCAUUUGUCUACGUAUUGUAAAUUUUCAAAUAUAUAACAACUUGGCACUUCUUCUGACAUCUUUUACAGUACUCAUUUUUAGCUCACCUGAGCUGAAAGCUCAAGUGAGCUUUUCUGAUCACCCAUUGUCCAUCCAUCCAUCUGUCCCUCCGUCUGUAAACUUUUCACAUUUUCAACUUCUUCUCAAGAACCACUGGGCCAAUUUUAACCAAAAUUGGUACAAUUGGUUCAAAUUGUUAAGUUUUGUUUAAAUGAAGGGACAAACCCCCUUACAAGGGGAGAUAAUCAAGAAAAGACAAAAAUAGGGUGGGACCAUUAAAAAAUCUUCUUCUCAAGAACCACUGGGCUAGAAAAGCUGAAACUUAUGUAGAAGCAUCUUGGGGUAGUGUAAAUUCUAAUUUAUUAAAAUCAUGACCCCUGGGGGUAGGGCAGGGCCACAAUAGGAAAUCCAAGUUUUACAUUGAAAUACAUUAGGAAAAAUCUUUUACAAUCUUCUCAAGAACCAAUGGGCUAGAAAUGCUGAAACUUGUGUAUCCUUGGGUAGUGUAGUUUCUAAAUUGUUAAAAUCAUGACCUUGGGGCUAGGGUGGGGCCACAAAAGGUAUUACAAGGGGGCAAAGUCUGGUGAAAACCACAGGGCCAAAGAUACUCAGGUGAGCGUUGUGGCCUCUUGUUUGAAGAUAUGAUCAUUUCUGCCCUCUUUAAUUUCAAUCUUUGUGAGAUUGUUGCAAAUUGUGGAGAUUUUACAUGAAGUAAAUGUUAAUGUUAAAUGAAAAUUCAAAGAAAAUUUUAUUUUUUACACUGUAUUAUUUGUCGCACCAUAGGAAUUUUGCUUGCCUUGUUCACUCAUCUUCUUUAUGAAAAAUAUUCAUAAUUUUGGUAUUAAUAGUAGAGAAAAUUUUUUUUACUCAAACUUUUACAUGUAUGUUGAAAUUAAACUUUUACAUGUAUGUUGAACUUAACCUUUUUGCUAAACAUCAAGUUUAUUUCUUUUUAUUCACACCCUGUGUUCAGGAAAUAACAUGUGCUUGUCUUGAAAAAUAAAGUGGUUCAAGUUCAAAGACCUUGCAUGUAUAAAUUCAGUUAAAAAUUACUCUAAUCUCAAUUUGUAUACUGUACAAUGUUAUUAAUUUUGUAAGACAGGUAUAUCUGUUAAAAAUUUAUAAUGUACGUGCUGUAAUUGGCAACUAAUUUAGUUGUCAUGGUGCCUAAAAUUUUAAUUGGUGACUAAAAUCUCACCACAAGUUGCCAAUUUGGUGACCAUUUUGAAUUGACUUGGUGAUUGUUAAAUUUCAGUCAGUGCACAUGUGAACGAAUUUCAUGUUGUUUCAAUGUACACAGAGCUCAGGUAGACCAGGGCUGUGUUCAAAAUGGUAGCAGCUAUGUAGGUCUAUGUAACUGCUAUGAACAGUAAUGCUAACCUAGCCAUAGCAAGCAUUAAUUCAUACAAUGUAUUCAAUAUGACUUAGAUAUCUAACUUAGCUACAAUCUUGAACUCAGCCAAGACAAGACAGUAACUACAUGUACCCCAGGUAUCUGGUAAUUUUAGGUUCCAGAUAAUUAAUAAUUGUGAAAUGCAGUAAAUUUGAAGGGUGUUAUGGUCAAUUGUUUGUCAAUUAAAUUUUCAUUCAUUAGAGUUUCCACAUUAUUGUACAUGUAAUGGUGGGUAUGUACCAGGAUAAAAUAUUAAUCAUGUAAACAAUCUUCAAUAUAAAAAUUAUUGAAGAAGAAUACAGAUAUCCAAGUUCAUCCAAGCACAAAAAUACUCUUUCCAUUAUUUCUUUCAAAAAAAUUGAUGGUGGCACCAAAGAAAAAUUGGCCAGGCUCCUAAAAACUUGCAUUGCCCAUGGGUGGCGCUAUUUUUUUUUUUUUUUUUUUUUUUUUUUUUUUUUGAUUAGGAGCCAGCUGGUGCCUAAAUUUUAGAGGUUACUUUGAGGCCUGAUGUGUAAAAAAUCAAAGGUUACAAUCUUUCAUCCAGUCUAGGUACAUGUAUAUACUAAAUGUGCUUGCUGGUAGUGUGUAGAUCACAAAAUAUAUGUUCUUGUUUUUUUCCCCAUGUAAUGUAUAGUUUUUUGUACCGAUAACAUUUUGUGUGAUGUGGAAAUUUUUUUGAGUAUCCUGGUCAUUCAUGUUUUGUACAUGGUUUUAUCUCGGCUAUGUUUACAUCUUGUGAAUAUCAUAAUACAGUGUAUCCAUGUAACUGAAGAAAAAAAACUCUCAACACUUAUGUGUGUUCUGGUUUGUCCUUGUUAUACAUGUACAUAAAUUGUUUUAGUAGUUCCAUAGAUAAAUAAUAAAUAAUCAUUUUA